UGGAACGUGUUCUGUUCUCUUUAUCCCAUGAAAGGGUCUAAUAGGUUUUUUUUUUCCCUGUGGAAACGAAGAACAAGCUGAAUCGGUCGGUUUACAGAGCCUUAGCUUUCCGAUCCAGCGGCAAAAUUAAGCUUCAGAUUCCUGAGAGAUGUCACUCCCUUAUUCAGUACAGUUACAGUACGUAACUUGGCAUGUGAAAGAGAACGGCUUCAGCCAUUGCCCGUUGUGGCUCGGUGUUCCUACUCCGGUCAAUCGCAAAAGGGACAUAUUGGAGGUUAAAUCGUCGAGAUUCGAGUGUUUAAGAUUGGGUGGGAACUUCAUGAGAACCAGAAGAAAUGUGAAAGCUUUUGGAUUGGUUGAUAAACUUGGGAAGAAGUUAUGGAGAGAAGAAUCGAGCGAUAGUGAGGAUGAGGAAGACGACGUAAAAAAUGAUGCCACUGCCAAAAAUUCGAGUUAUGAAACGUAUCUUGAUGAUGAAGAAGAGAGGCGGGAAUGGAGGAAGAAGAUUCGGGAAGUGAUUGAUAGGCAUCCCGAUAUCGAGGAGGAGGUUGAUCUUGUUGAGAAGAGGAGGAAGAUGCAAAAGCUUCUCUCCGAUUACCCCCUUGUUGUGAAUGAAGAAGAUCCUAAUUGGUCUGAGGAUGCUGAUGGCUGGGGCUUUAGCUUCAAUCAGUUCUUCAAUAAGAUCACCAUUAAGAAUGAAAAGAAGGACGAUGACGAUGAUGGGUAUGACAGUGAGAAGGAGAUAGUCUGGCAGGACGAUAACUACAUACGACCGAUUAAAGAUAUCACAACUGCAGAAUGGGAGGAGGCUGUGUUCAAAGAUAUUAGCCCUCUUAUCGUUCUUGUUCACAACCGCUAUAAAAGGCCAAAGGAAAACGAAAAGUUCAGAGAUGAAUUGGAGAAGGCUGUACAUGUUAUAUGGAACUGUGGUUUACCUUCACCUAGAUGUGUUGCGGUUGAUGCUGUGGUUGAAACCGACUUGGUUUCUGCUCUGCAAGUAUCUGUUUUCCCUGAGCUAAUUUUCACAAAAGCAGGAAAAAUAUUGUACCGUGAGAAAGACGUCAGAACUGCAGACGAGCUCUCGAAGAUAAUGGCAUUCUUCUAUUAUGGAGCUGCCAAACCGCCUUGUUUGAAUGGCAUCGGGAAUUCCCAGGAAGAAAUACCUUCAGUCUCUAAGCUUUGAGGGAAGCCCCGGUUGAUCCACCUGUCGACACAGUCAAUGUGGAAUAUAUGUUUGCAGUCAUAGGGACCGAUGACGUAAUCAUCCGCCAUGAAAUCUUCAAGACAGAUCGUGCAACAUGUAUCUGCAACUCCGCCCGCAUCUUCGAACUUGCAGCUCUCCACCUGGAUCAGGACAGGGGGGUCGAUAGGAACAAUCCCGUCUUCUUCAGUGUCUUGCGAAGAAGAAGAUUCAUCGUCAGUUAGGUCGGUAGGAGCGACAAUCCCCUGUUCGAUGUCUGGCGGAGAAGAAGAUUCAUCAUCAUGGGUCUGGGCGGGAGGUCGAAUGCUGCAGAAGAUAACCUUCAGCCAGGGGAACCAGAGAGCUAAGGUGACUGACGCGCAAACGUACCACUUGCUGAGCAAUGAGUCGAGCAGGGCACCGACCGACGAAGACGACGACCGAGGAGAAGCCAUGGCUAAGAGAGCGGAAGAUAACAGUGGAAGAAUGGAGCUGAGUAUGCGUGUGUAUGUAUAUAUAUAUAUACACACACACAAGUAGUAGUCUUAGUUAUAUCAGAAUUAGGAUAUCUUCUGCUUGUACUAUUAGGAAUCGAUCGAGAGAGAGAGAAAAGGAAAUAUAUAUAUAUAUAUAUAUUUUUUUUUUAUGACGAAAAGGAAAUCAAUGCCG